AUGCAAUUCUUUUUCUUACUUUGGUUAGCAAUCAUUAAUAAUAUUUUUGUUCGUGCUGAAACUGCCAACUCCACUGAUUUCGACAAUGAAAUCAGCGAUGAUGUGAGUUCUAAUGGUCGUGAGUUCAUUAACUUGAAUGUUACUUACACUAUUUUGGAAAAACCAAAUGCUAAUUUCACUGAACUAUUAGAAUUUGCUCCUGAACAAGGUUUAACGUUGAAAUACAAUUUAUACAAUGGUGAGGAUUCUUCUGUCAAUAUUGUUGGUGUUUCUGGUAAUGUUUACACUUAUCCAGAUGGUUAUUUUGCGGCCAAUAUUACUGAAUCUGCCGUUGACACCAUUGUGGUUGCUUUUAAUGAAACUACUACCUUCCAACAAGGUGUUAGAUUGGCAUUAGAAGAAGGUAGAUACUUUGUUGAACCAAUAGUCAUCGUCGAGAAAGAUGAACAGGUCUUGAGAGUUGCAGUCCAGCCUGUUAUGGUCGAAAUUGUUCCACUUCCAUUGUCCUUCUUUAACCUAGAAUUUUUAUCAAUCCUAGUUGCUUUGUUUGCUAUUAUUGCUGGUACAUAUUACUUUUUUAUUGGCAAAUCUACUAAAGUAUCUAAAUCUAAGAAUGCUAAGCCAAUCAAAGUUGACGAGAGUUGGUUACCAGAUAACUACAAAAACUAA